AUGAAGAGAAAGGUUAUGGUAAUUCUUAUUCCCAAGGCCGGCAAGGUCAAGAGUGCACUUCAUGAGGUGGUGGGUUGUAUUGAGUUCGGUCUAGAUCACAAAGAGUAUACCUUGGCCGCGUUUUUCGAUAUAGAAGUAGUCUUUAAUAAUAUUAAAAUAGAGGCCAUUAAGGAAUCAUUGGUUACACUCGAUGUUCAGGAUUUCCUGGUCAAGAGUGCGCUUCAUGAGGUGGUAGGUUGUAUUGAGUUCGGUCUAGAUCACAAACUCGAUGUUCAGGAUUUUCUGUUUAACAGUCGAUAUUUUAAAAUCGUUAAUAAAAUGUCUUCAAUCAGUGCAAAUCCUUUGCUAACGCAAAAAAAUUUUCACGAUUUUUGUAAUUUACCAAAUAAAAUAUUGUCCAGCAUCGGUUGCGAUUUGUUAAAUAAACCCCAUUCGAUUUGGUUGUCUGUUCUUAAAAAGUGUUAUUCUAUAAUAGCAUUUUUGUCUCAUGCCUAUAUUUGCAUAUAUAUUACGAAAACUAUGUUCAACAUGAUUGUUUCCGAUGAUUUUGAAUUGGGUUUAUUGUUGCGUUUAAUUUCUGGCUUUAUUUAUGCCUUGUUUUCGAUAUUGAAAGCGAUAACAUUUUUCUGGAACAUCAAAGAGUUUAUGGAAAUCUAUCAAGUUCUUAGAGAAAUAUUUCCCGAGACUCGCAAAGAAAAGUUAAUGUUAAGGGUGCGAGAUUAUUUUUGGCCAAAAUCUAUUUUAUUUAUAGUGUAUUUUUAUAUUGGAGCCGUUACAUUUAUUGCAUCUUCACCUCUUUUAGAGGGUGUUAUUUUGUAUAUUGUAAGUGUUUUUAGAGUCGGUUGGAGUCGUGCAGAAUUUGGUUACUUUAAAUUAUACGAAAUUCAAUAUGGUUUUGAUCAUCAUAGUGUAUUUGCUUAUAUAAUUACCUAUGGCAUGGAACUAAUGCAUGCACAUUUUAUGGUAACGUUUAUUAUUUGUUCUGAUAUCUGGGUGCUUUGUUUUACUCUACAAUUAUGCAUGCACUUUGAUUAUAUCGCUAGGGAAUUGAAAAAUUAUGAACCAAAUGAGAAAGCCUAUGUAAAAGAUCAAGAAUUUAUUGCCGAUUUGGUUAAAAGACAUCAAAUAUUAUUGAACAUUGGCGAUGGCUUAAAUUCCGUUUUUGGUGGUUUACUCCUCUUAAUGCUAAUGUCAAUUGCAGCUACACUUUGUUGUGCGGGGGUUUAUACUUUAACCCAGGACAUGGGCCGAGAAUUUAUAGAAUAUGUGGCAUUUCUUCCCAUUGCAGUUGGUCAAUAUUUUUUAAUUUGUUAUUAUGGUCAACAAUUGAUUAUAAAGAGUCAUAGUGUAGCAGAUGCCGCUUACAAUCAUUCGUGGUACAACGGUUCUAAACCGUAUAAAAAAUCAAUUUUUAUUAUUAUAAUGCGUUCUCAAAAGGAGGUGGAAUUAAAUGCUUUGGGCUUUCAACCAAUAUGUUUGGAAGCUUUUAAAAUGGUCAUGGGAGCAACUUAUCGUGUAUUUGCUUUGUUAAAAGAAACUAUGUUUUAAAAAAAAAGAUUAAACUUCAUUUUACAUAAUCACAAAUAGCA